UACCAAAGUAUUCAAAAAUCUCUUUCUCCUCCUCCUCCUCUCCAUAUCUUCUCUCACUCAAUCAGUCACGGCAUCAAUGGCAACCAGUAUAACAAAGUGAUAAGAAGACGUUGAAAGUUCUACGUCCCACGAGAAGAUGAUACUCAGAAUCCUAUUCAACUUCCUUCUGAUUUUCUCACUUUUGGCUUCAGAAGCAAAAUCAACAUGCAACACUACAGCUGAGCAAGCACUUCUCUUCAAGGCCUUUGCCUCGGUCAAUAACUUCAGAAGCUCAUGGUUCUGUUCAAAUGUUCCUCCAAUCACAGAAAUAAAUCUGUCUUCAAGAAAUCUCUCUGGCACCAUCUCAUGGAGUUUCCUCAGAAAUUUGCCCCAUCUUCAGACAAUAGAUCUCUCAAAUAACUCUUUGGCCGGAUCCGUUCCUCCUUGGUUUUGGUACAUGCCAAGUCUGGUUGAAGUAAACUUGUCCAUGAACAAGCUAGGAGGCACAAUUGGGAAGCCAGCUUCGGAAAUGGAUGCAACUUCUUCAGCUAUUCAAAAGCUCAAUCUGUCCUAUAACAGGUUCACUAAUUUGGCUAAUCUUCCUAAGUUUUCUGACAGGAUAAGGAUUCUUGACCUUUCACAUAAUGAUCUAAAGUCUCUUCCUUUUUGGUUCACCAACCUCACCAAUCUUGAACAUUUGAGCAUCUCUAGCUGUGAUAUUUCAAGCAAUCCAAAACCAAUUUCUACUUUAAAGUCAUUGAAAUAUUUAGAUGUCUCCAACAACCACAUGACUGGAAAUUUCCCAAAAGAUUUUCCUCCUUUAGAUGGUGUCAAUUUCUUGAACAUCUCAUUCAAUAACUUCACUCUAGCAGCUGACAAAUUGCAGAAGCUUGAUAAGUCUGCAUUCAUUCAUGCUGGCAAAAUUGUUGGUCCAAAUAGUAGUAGCAGUAGUAAUCCAGAGCUUCAUGUAAAGCCUCAUUCAAUUUCAGCCGCCCCACCUCAUGGAUUACCCAAAAAACAAAAAGCCUUUAACCAAAAAAUCAAGGAAAAGAACCACAAAUCAAGAACCAAGAUUUUGGUAUUGACCAUUUCACUAGCAUCAACUUGCUUGUUAUUGUCCAUUAUUGCCUUUGGUUAUUGCAUCUACAAGAAAAGAAAAUUGGCUAAAAAGAACAAAUGGGCAAUCUCAAAGCCAAUUCAAAUGCAAUUCAAGUUUGAAAAAUCAGGGCCAUUUUCCUUUGAAACCGAGUCAGGGACGUCAUGGGUUGCUGAUAUCAAGGAACCAUCUUCAGCACCGGUGAUAAUGUUUGAGAAGCCGUUGCUCAACCUUACCUUCAAGGAUUUGAUAGCUGCCACGUCACAUUUCGGGAAAGAAUCCCUAUUAUCGGAAGGGAGAUGUGGGCCCGUAUACCGAGCUGUGCUGCCAGGUGAGCUCCACGUGGCAAUCAAGGUCCUAGAGCAUGCUAGGGAGCUAACUCAUGAUGGUUCUGUAGCCAUGUUCGAGGAGCUUUCCAGGCUGAAGCAUCCAAAUUUGCUGCCAAUUUCUGGCUAUUGCAUUGCAGGUAACCAGAAGCUUGUGUUGUACGAGUUCAUGGCCAAUGGUGACCUCCACCGAUGGCUGCAUGAGCUCCCGACCGGGGAGCCCAAUGUGGAAGAUUGGAGCUCCGACACGUGGGAAAUUCAAAAUGUGUCGCAAAUCACAUCGCCGGAAAAAUUGGUAUGGCACACGCGCCACCGCAUUGCGGUUGGUAUAGCUCGUGGAUUAGCCUAUCUUCACCACGCCCAAUCGAAGCCGAUUGUGCAUGGUCAUUUGGUGCCUUCGAAUAUCCUGUUGUCAGAUAAUUUUGAACCCAGGAUCGCUGAUUUUGGGUUGAGUGAAAACCGAGGUAGCGGUUCAACCGGGGAGGACGUAUAUAAUUUCGGUUUGAUAUUGAUCGAGUUAUUGACUGGUCAAUCCGGUUCGACCGAGAUGGUUAACUCAGUGAGAAGACUGGUGAGGGAAGGCCGAGGAGAAAAUGCACUUGACCAGCGGCUGAAAUUGGGCAGUGACUCAGGGAGUGAGAUGGUGGAAUGCCUCCGAAUCAGUUAUUUAUGUACGGCUGAGACGCCCGGGAAAAGGCCUGGAAUGCAACAAGUGUUAGGUUUGCUCAAGGACAUACAUCCACCGCUACCGAGUUGACCUGACUCAACUAACUCGAUCACGGGUAUUGGGGUCAAUACUAACUGGUCUAAUUUGUCACUGGUGAUUUAAUCACGUGAAACUCACGUGCCUUAGGGAAAAUCCCCUCCAAGGUGUAAUGGGAAGUUUUUUUUUUCUUUUUUUUUUGUGGGUUCUCUCUUUGUGGUUUUUUUUUUUUUUUGGCUCCUUCGAAUUUUUUUAGCAUUUUAAUGUACAGACAAAAAUUCAAAGGCAAAAAAAAAAAAAAAAUGGAGAGGGUGGACAAAAUAAGGUGGGCAAGGUAAGGGAAGAAGGGAUGAUGUUGGUGGGUGACCAUAAGGUUUGGAUCAGAGAAGGCAGAGAAUCCCACUUAUUAUUUGUCUGUUCUAAGUGGCAUAAGACAUAUCAUCUGCUCCUUUGAUUUUCUUUUCUUUCUUUAAUUUUUCUUGUUUGUUUGCUCUU